CUUAUUAUAGAUAUGUUAUAAAUUAAGUUUGCUCAGCAAAUCAGAUCGGAAAUUUUAAUGAUCAUGUGCUGAUCGACAGAUCUUCCAGAUUAUCAAUCGUCAUCGGGAAAUUUGUGAAAAAGCCACUUUAAAAUUUUUUUAAAUAAUAGUAAAUCAACGAUACCGUUAAAAGUCUUCCUUUAUAACAUAAUGGCCAGCACAGAACAAAAAAGCGAAACCAGCGAGAAAAUCAAAAUUGAAGAAAUUGAAUCUGAAACAAAAGAAGAAGUUAAAAUAGAGAGUUCUUCAAAACAGAUUUCUGAAAUUGAGUCUACCAGUAUCAAAAAGACUUCUACUGUUACUACAGUUGUUGAAUCAGAGGAAGAUUCUGAUGAAGAUAUCCCAGAAUUAGAGGAGGAAGGUAUUGUUCCUCCUGGUAUUGCUCAAGCUGAUAUUGCCAAAAUUCAGAGCCGCGGAGAAAAGAAGGCUCGCAAGCAAAUGCAGAAGCUAGGGUUGAAAGUGGUGCCAGGAAUCAAUCGUGUUACCAUCCGAAGGCCAAAAAACAUCCUCCUUGUCGUUUCUAAUCCUGAUGUUUAUAAAUCCCCCAAUUCUGACUGCUACAUUGUGUUCGGCGAAGCUAAAGUCGAGGAUCUUAAUUCUCAAGCUCAAGCUAACGCUGCUCAACAAUUCCAAGCUGCCGAAACUGCGGCCUCUUCUGCUGCUCAAGAUACCAUUAAGAUAGAUGAAGCAGCUGCUGAUGAAGACGACGAUGAAGAAGAUUUGAAUAUGGAUGAAUCUAAUGUUGAGGCUAAGGAUGUCGAAUUGGUCAUGCAACAAGCUAAUGUGUCCCGAGCUAAAGCAAUAAAAGCGCUGAAGAAUCAUAAUAACGAUAUCGUUGAUGCUAUUAUGUCCGUACAGCUUCCAUAAAAUUAUUAUCCCAUUCAUUAUUUUAUUAGUGUGGUUGUGAUGUUUAAAAUUACAAAUUUCUGCAAUGUAAAAUAAGCGAAGACUUAAUGAUUCCUGUUAUUAUUAUUUUAUGAAUAUAAAAAAUAGUUUAUUAUUAUUUUUAAAAAAAAGAUUUUCAUAUUCUUGAAGAUAAAAUUUCUAAAAGGACUUUUUGCAAAUAAAGAACAGCAAAAUUUUUGGUUAAUCACGUGGGUUACAUGCAUGUACGUAGCAUGUGUAAUAUAAUAACGUUACGUGUGGUGUGAUUCAACAAAUAAAU